CCAAAUAUGAAGUUCAAAAAAUGGAGGGAGCUUUGAAGGCUGGAUUGGCUCCUGAUAAUGAACCAUACCCAACAUCUCUGCAGUUCUUUGUUGACAAACUGUAGGAGCCUCAAGAACCUCAAGCAAGUCCACGCCUAUGUAUGCAAGACCGGCCUCGACACCGAUCCCAUCAUCGCUGGAAAACUCCUCCUCCAUUCCGCCGUCUCCGUCCCGGAUGCGCUCGACUAUGCUCGCCGCCUUUUCCUUCAUUUUCCCAAUCCAGAUGUUUUCAUGCACAAUACCCUCAUCCGAGGUCUCGCCGAGUCUGAUACUCCACAAAACUCCCUCAUUACAUUCGUUGAAAUGCGUCGCCGAUUGACAGCGCCGCUUGAUAGUUUUUCGUUUGCUUUCCUUCUCAAAGCGGCUGCGAGUUAUCGGUCUCUGGAAUCUGGGAUUCAGUUGCAUUGUCAAGCUAUUGUGCAUGGACUCGAUACCCAUCUCUUUGUUGGGACCACUCUUGUAAGUAUGUACUCGGAAUGCGGAUUUGUCGCUUUUGCGAAGAAGGUGUUUGAGGAAAUGUUUGAACCAAAUGUUGUUGCUUGGAAUGCGGUGGUUACUGCGUGUUUUAGGUGCGGAGAUGUGAAGGGUGCAGAUAUGAUGUUUAAUAGAAUGCCUUUUAGGAACUUGACCUCGUGGAAUGUCAUGCUUGCUGGGUACACCAAAGCUGGUGAGCUUGAGCUUGCGAGGAAAUUGUUCUUGGAGAUGCCCGUGAAGGAUGAUGUCUCGUGGAGUACUAUGAUUGUUGGGUUUGCUCAUAAUGGUUUUUUUUAUGAGGCUUUUGGUUUUUUCAGGGAGUUGCAGCAGGUGGGAAUGCGACCCAAUGAGGUGAGCUUGACAGGGGCCCUUUCUGCAUGUGCAGAUGCUGGCGCAAUCGAGUUUGGGAAGAUCCUACAUGGGUUUAUAGAGAAAUCUGGUUUUCUUUGGAUGGUUUCUGUGAAUAAUGCACUCUUGGAUACAUAUUCUAAAUGCGGAAAUGUGGGCAUGGCUCGAUUGGUUUUUGAGAGAAUGCCAGAGAAAAGAAGUAUUGUUUCAUGGACUUCAAUGAUAGCAGGGCUUGCGAUGCAUGGAUACGGUGAAGAAGCAAUACAACUUUUCCAUGAGAUGGAGGAAUCUGGGAUAAGGCCUGACGGGAUUGCCUUCAUUUCCAUUCUAUAUGCUUGUAGUCAUGCUGGAUUGAUUGAAAAAGGGUAUGAGUAUUUUUAUAAAAUGAAGGACAUAUAUAAUAUAGAACCAGCCAUUGAGCAUUAUGGUUGUAUGGUUGAUCUGUAUGGUCGUGCUGGUCAGCUAGAUAAGGCUUAUGAAUUCAUAAUCCAUAUGCCUGUUUUGCCAACUGCCAUUAUUUGGAGGACACUUCUUGGGGCUUGCAGCAUUCAUGGAAAUGUUAAAUUGGCAGAGCGUGUAAAGGAAAGGCUUUCUGAGCUUGAUCCCAACAACUCUGGUGACCAUGUUCUGUUGUCAAAUAUAUAUGCAGUUGCAGGGAAAUGGAAGGAUGUUGCUGCUGUGAGAAGAUCAAUGACUGAUCAGAGGAUGAAUAAAACCCCUGGUUGGAGCAUGAUUGAAGUUGACAAAAUCAUGUAUAGUUUUGUGGCAGGUGAAGUACAGAAUAGUAUUACAGAAGAGGCUUAUGAGAAGCUAAAAGAAAUAAUGUUGAAGCUUAGGGUUGAAGGGUGUUACAUUCCAGAGGUUGGGAGUGUUUUACAUGACAUAGAAGACGAAGAAAAAGAAGAUUCAGUUUCUAGGCACAGUGAGAAGCUUGCUGUUGCUUUUGGGAUAGCAAGAUUGUGCAAGGGAAGUAUCAUAAGAAUAGUGAAGAACUUGAGGGUUUGCAGGGACUGUCAUACUGUCAUGAAACUGAUAUCUAAGGUGUAUGGAUUGGAGAUUGUGGUGAGGGAUAGAAGUCGGUUUCACUCCUUUAAAACUGGGUCUUGCUCCUGCAGAGAUUACUGGUGAGUGGUGAUUGAUGAAGUUAUUAGAGUGGUAGAGUUCUCUUGUGCUGAGUAAAGCAACUGAAUCAGUUUUUCAGAAUAGGAAAAGAUCUUGAGAACUGUUGCAAUUAAUCAAAUCAUUAAAAAAAACAUUUGAAGCAAUUUUGCCAAAGAGAAAAGCUAAUAUGUUCAUGGUGAUUGGGAAAAUCAAGAAAACUUCAAUGAUUUUCUUGGACCAUCAUAUGCAAGGAAUUUAGUUUCAUGGUGAUUGGGGAAAUCAAGAAGACUUCAAUGGUUUUCUUGGAUUAUCAUACUGUGAGGAAUUUAAUUUCUGAGAUUAACAUACUGUGGUUUGGGGUGAGAAAUAGAAGAUGGCUCCAUUCCUGUAAAGAUGGCAUUUUUUUCAUGUGAAAACUACUAGAAAAUUGUGAUUAACAACUUAUCAAAAAAUGGUAAAAGCUCUCACGUGUGAAUGGCAACUGAAUCGAUGAUGCAGAAGAAAAAGGAGGCUAGAACAGUGGCAACAUGAUGAACAGCUGUGGAGUUUUGGGCUGUUUUUACCCAACCUUCUGUAUGAAUGUCUACACCAUGGGUAAGGAAGAUGUGAAUCCAUCUUCUAAAAAUCUUGAGCCAAAAGGCCUAAAACCUCUAUGAAGUUAUAAUUGCCAUUAUCACUCAUUUUUCAGCCAUCUAGAUUAAUUUGUACUGCAUGGUAAGGAAAAUGUAUGUCUAUCUUGUAAUUGGCAGGGCCAAAAGAUAUAUGGGAUUAUAUUUAUGACCAUUGCAAUUUGGAUAGCCAAGAAAACCUUGAACAGCACAUCUUGUACUUGACUGAAUGUAUUAGAUGGAAGGAUGGUUCUGGGUUAUUUAAAUGAUUCUCUUGAA